AUGUCGUCCACGCAGCCCGUCGACGCCAGCCCAAAUAGCAAAGCCGCACUGUGGCGCAUCAACACCGAGCUGCGGCAGAGCAACCAGCAGCUAGAGCGAGAGCUGCAGAGCCUGCGCCAGGUCGAGGCCUUGCGGCGCCUGACCCGCUCCUCGUCGGGCUUGAGCAGCCGGCGCAGCUCCAUGCAUGCCAUGGCAGCAGAAGCGAGCCAGGAGAAGGUGGCCGGGUUGGAGGUGGCACUGCAGGAGGCCCUGGCAGAGGCGGAGGCGAGCCAGGAGAAGGUGGCGGGCCUGGAGGCGGCCCUGCAGGAGGCCAGGGCGGAGACGGCUGUGGCCCAGGCUGGGAUAGCCGUGCUGUCAAAGAAGCUGCACAGCGCUCAAGCGGAAGCAGAGGAGCUGCUAGGGCUUCUGGGAGCUGCCCAGGACGGCUUCGCGGCAGCACAGGAGCUGCUGGCCGCCAAGCAGGUGCAGGUGCAGGCCCUGGCGCUAGAGGCAGAGGAGGGGCGCGCCGAGGCGAUGGGGCUGCGGAAGGAACUGGAAGCGGGCAGGGCAGCGCUGGAGGCUGCCCAGCAGCAGCUGGCGAAGCGGCAGCCUGAGGAAAGCCAAGCGGUAGGUGCCAGUACCCUGCCGGAUGCAGCGCCUGUGCUGCCGGCAGCAGAAGCCUCUACGCCCAGCACGUCGCGCCCCUGCUCGCGGGCCGAGUACGCCCAGCACCAGACGGCGGCCCCCCUGGAACAGAUCAUCACGCAGGUCUUUAGCGUGGUGCUACCGCCGGCAGAAGGCGGAGAGCAGGGCCAGGACCUGGUGCGCUCGCUGCAAGAGCGGCUGGCAGCUGCAGAGGCUGAGAUAGCAGAGCAGCUGGCAGCCAAGGAGGAGGCGCAGCAGCUGCUGGGCAUGCAGGCGGCGCAGCUGCAAGCUCUGCGUUGUGAGCGCGAGCUGCUUCAGGAGCAGGCGGUGUCGUUGCAGCAGGAGGCCUCAGGCAUUGCCAAGGACCGCUUGCUGCGCGGCAGCGUAGAGGUGCUGCCAAUGGAGCGCUCCCCCAGCCGCACCCUCACCCAGCGCGUCAAGGAGCUGCUGAGCCCUCGGCGCCAGUCCCCCAGCCGCAGCGGCAGCAGCCUCAGCAUGGCUGCUGGCAGUGGCAGCCACCCUGCCUCGCCCACGGCAAUGCCUAUGGUGGCCGAGGGCGGCGAGUCACCUCUACAGGGCAGUGCUUUUGGCCUUGACGGACUAGCCAGCUGGGAGCUGCGGCGAUGCCAGCAGCAGGUGGAGGCGCUGCAGGGUGCGCUGCAGGCCAAGGAGGCAGAAAGGCAAGUGCAGAAGAUGUGGCGCGAGCGCCUGGGGAGGCAGCAGGCGCAGGCAGAGGCGGUGGAGCUGCGGAUCAAGGUGUCGGAGCACCAGGCUGCUGCGGGUAGCAGCUUGAGCGAUGCGGGGCUAGAUGAGGCGGUAAUGGAGUCCCUGGAAAGGGAGAUGAAGAGGGGCGACCACUUGGCAGACGAGCUGAGGAGGCACAAGGUGCACCAGCUGAAGCUUCAGAAGCGCACCGAGCAGCUUGAGUACCAGCUCGCUGAAUACAACACCCUGCUGAUCGCUGCCGAGGGGGUGGACCAGCUGCCCCGCCUGAGCGGCAGCCCAUCAAGCAGCAGGCAGGCCGGUUCCCCCAAGCACGCAGGCUCCUCGCCUGUGAGGAUGGCCAUCGCGGCAGUACAGGCCAGGAAGGCUGGCGAGGAGGCGGCGGCGCUGCGGGAGCAGCUCAAGGUGGUGCAGGCCGAAGCUGCCAGCUUGCGCAGGGAGGGCAGCCCGGCAGUCGGGGACGCAAUGGCGGCGUUAUCUGCGCUGCUGCACGGCUUCAGCAUGCACUCGGAAGGAGUGUCCAGCAGCCGCGUUUCGGUGCGGUCCCCUCAAGGCAGCGAGAACGGCGGGGGCGCCGGAAGUGUGAUGAGCACUGCAGCACAGGUGGCCCUGGCGCUGCCCGAGGGUGGAGGGGCCGCGGAGAAGCAGUCCGACCCUCUGGACAUCAGCAGCCUGCUGCCGCUAGGAGACAGCGAGGAUGAGAGCGGCAGGGCGGCGCAGGUGGGCGGCGCAGACCGCAAGCGUGGCUCCGCAAGUGCUGCCGCCGGCGCACGCAUGGAGCGCCAGUCCUCCUCGGCAUCCAAGUCCAGCACAGGCAGUGGCAGGAUCCCUGCCGCGCGUCAGAAGCAGGGGCCAGCUGAAGACGCUCUGCGUGCGUCCUUGCCAGACAGCCUGCCGGGAAGCCGCAGGAGCCAGACCCGCAUCCCUGCGCCACCAGCCACCGCCCGCGAUUCGAGCAGCCCAGCUCGCAGCAGUCCUUGGAAGAGCAGCCCCGCCAAAGGCAGUCCCAGCAAGGGCGGCAAGGGGGGGCUGAGGAAGCUGGUGCUGCCCUGCGGGCGCCUGAAUGCAACCCUAAGCAGCGGCGAUGGUGCCUAA